GCAGCGCAACAGCCGGCGAGCGACUCCGUCUUCACGGCUGCGGAUGGCUGCUUAACCGCAAGAGAAGUCCCUCUUUUUUUCUCAUUGAUGCGACACAAGCGGAUAUUUCUCAUCUAUUUUGGAAUCUUCUAGAGGAGCUGCAAAAUGAAAUAUAAAAACCUAAUGGCCAAAGCGCUGUACGACAACAUGCCCGAGUCCCCGGAGGAGCUGGCCUUCCGGAAAGGGGACAUCCUGACCGUGAUUGAACAGAACACCGGCGGCCUGGAGGGCUGGUGGCUCUGCUCCCUGCACGGCCGCCAAGGCAUCGCCCCCGGCAACCGCCUCAAGCUGCUCAUUGGGCCAAAGUUUGAGGCCCAGUCGGCGGCGGCCGCCGCCGCUGCUGCUGCGGCCCAGUCGCCGCACCCGAGCUCAAGCUUCCAGCAGAAGGCCGGUUCGGGGGCUCAGGGGCUGUACCAGGUUCCUCCUUCCCUGCAGAGUCCACAGCAGCAGAGCAUCUACCAGGUGCCCUCUGGACAAGAUGUCUAUCAAGUGCCACCGAGGAGUACACUCGCUGUUGAUAACACACCGAGCAAGGUGGUGACCCCCACCAGAGUGGGACAGUCGUACACCUACAGCCCAGGCCAGCACAACCAGCAGGACCUCUACGAUGUCCCACCCAGUCGAUCACAAGGGGUUUAUGACGUUCCACCCGGUCAAAUGUUAGGCUCACCGUUCCCUGGACAGCACGGAGCUGCGCGCAACCAGGAUAUCUACGACGUACCCCCGUCUCAAGCCGACCUCAGGACACAAGGACAAGACGUUUACGACGUCCCUCCUUCUUUUCAAGCGGUCUACUCGGUACCACCCUGCAGAGCCAACCCCGCCCAGCAGGAGGGCACCUACGAUUUCCCGCAGCCUCUCAAACAGAUGCAAGAGGGCAUCUAUGACGUCCCCCCGCCCACCCUCGCCAAAACCACACAGAACCCUCAGUCCGUUUACGACUUCCCCGCCGGCGCGGAGCCCACCGGCCAUCAGCAGCAACAGAACAGCAACGAGGGCAUCUACGACGUACCUCCCACGGCCCUCCUGUCCGUCGGGGCGGUCUCACCCAGCGACGUCUACGACAUCCCGAGGGGCAUGCAGCUCUCCCAGCACAGAAGCUCGCCCGCCGACCGGGACAAGGGAGUGUACGACGUCCCCGCGCAGGAAUCGCGGGCCGUCGCCGACGUGUCCGACGGCGUCAACCGCCUGUCCUUCUCCAGCACGGGCAGCACGCGAAGCAGCAUGUCCACGUCGUCGUCCUCCACGGGAACCGGUUCCGAGGGCCGACUGGCUCUGGACGUGGACGCGGCGGUCCAGAGGUUGUACCGUCUGCAGCAGGCCGUGGAGGUCUCGGUGGGGGCUUUGCAUUCGAUGGCGGCAUCCCCGCACUGGAGGACCUUUCCUUUCAUGGAACGCCACGCCAACGAGGUCCGCACGGUGCUGGACAGGGUCCGAGCAGGUCUGGGGGACUUUAUCGUAUUCGGGAAAGGGGCUGCGGCCAACGCCGCGGCCCUUUCCGACUCGGCCCUUCACAGCAAGCUGAGGAGGCAGCUGGGACGCUUGGAGGACUCUCAGCAGAUCCUCCUGCAGAUCUACCAGGUCUUGGAGAAUAGCAGCUGGGCGCUAAACGCGUUAGUCUCCUCCGCCGCUGGCAAGCAUCACAACAAGAGCGACGAGCUGGACCGCUUCAUCAUGGUCUCCAGAACCGUGCCGGACGACGCCAAGCAGCUGGCCUCCACGAUAGGGAACAGCGCCGAGCUGCUGUUCAGACGGACGCACAUGGAGGGCUCCUUCUCGAGCGGGAGCACGCCCGACGACAACAUGAGCCACCCGCUCACGUCGCCCUCAUCGGACAGCGACACCUACGGGGGCCAGACCAAGCCCUUCCCGGUGCCCUCCAGCCAGGACAAGGACAACAUGAACCACAACGAGAAGUGUGUUAAAAGCUGGAUGGAAGACUACGACUACGUACACCUGCAGGGCAAAGAAGACUUUGAGCGUCAACAAAAGGAGCUGUUGGAGAAAGAAAACAUCAUCAAGCAGAAUCAAGCUCAGUUGGGCCAGGAGCAGAUCAACCAAUUCAAGAAGCUGGAGCAGGAGGUGAUCAAACCCGUGGAGAACGACGUGUCACAGUGGAUGCCUCACCAACACUCGGGCAGGACCGCCACCCCCCAAACGGAGACGACGACGUCCCAGUCCGCCUCCACGCGCACAUGCGCGAGAGAUCGCCAGCUGCUGGGUUUCUACUCGGAGCAGUGCGAGCAGCACUUUGUCACGCUGCUUAGCGCCGUGGACGCUUUUUUCAGCUGCGUGAGCGCCGGGCAGCCGCCGCGCAUCUUCGUGGCGCACAGCAAGUUUGUCAUCCUCAGUGCCCACAAACUGGUGUUCAUCGGAGACACGCUGUCCCGGCAGGCCGCCGCCCCCGAGGUGGCCAACAGGGUGAUGAACUCUAGUAACGUGCUGUGUGACUUGUUAAAAACGGUGGUGGCCGCCACCAAGACGGCGGCGCUCAACUACCCCAACACGCCCGCCAUCCAGGAGAUGGUGGACAGAGUCACUGAUCUCUCACAUCACGCACAACAGUUCAAAGAACAGUUGCUUCAAAUGGCCAAAUGGUGACGCUCUUUCCUCCGCCUGGUGUAAAAACGUUGUGUUGUGUAAAUAUUUGCUCUAUUUUUUGGGGGGGGCGGGGACAUAAAACACACAGAUUGUUUUAUGUGGACUUUUUUUUUUCAUAACAUUCCAGUCAUAUAUUAUGAAGCACCUUAUGUUCGUUUCACCCAUUGAGUGUCGUUGGCGUGUCGUACUGCUGGAUGUGUGACAGUAGAUCCGAAACUAUGUUAAUGUUUAUAGGUGCGCGCGUGUGUGUGUGUUUACGUGGGAAAUGGGGUGGUUCUCCGCAGAUAAAGACUUGUUCAUAACCUUGA